AAUAAAUUGAAUGAGUUAAUUAUCUACUUCUCUAUCUAAAAUAUUUGGAAUAAUAUUUGUGAGAUCGUAGGAUGGGACAAGAUUAUAUUCAAAAUACUAUCCAUAAUUGUUUGCAAAGAAUUUAUUAAGAGUACCAGAAGGAGUCUUAACAAAUAUUGACGUGUAAAAAUAAUUUGAGCAUAAUAUUUGGGAGAAAGGAAAGAGAGUUGGUGCUCGUUUGACUAAAGGAAGUGAAAGUAUAAUAAAUGUAUAUGAUAUUAAAGCUGAAAUAUUUCAAUAUUGUUAAUUCAAUAUAGUGAUGAAAGCAUUUAAUGAAGUACACUUAUUUGUUUUGGGUGAUUUUGAAGAGAAUGAGAUUAUAUUAUCAUAAGUGAUAAAUGGAAUCUAUGAAUCACUUAAUCAUAUAACAAAGGAACAUAUCAAUAAAAAAACAUUGUUAGAAAACUUUGAUCAAGUGAUAAUAAUAAUUGAUGAAAUUUGUGAUCAAGGGUAAAACAUAAUCAAAUAUAAAUAGAAUAAUUAUUACUAUAGAUCCAGCAAUUAUUAUAGCCAGAGCUACAAUGAGAGAUACUGAGGCUAUAAAUUUGGAUAAACACGAAACAACUGGUUCAUCAGGAGGAGCCUUUUCAUCUGUAUUUGCUUCUGCUAAGAGAACAUUUGCUUAAUAAUUUAUGGGAUCUAGUUGAAUUAUAUUAAUC